AUGGCCGCACACAAGGCCGCCCUGCGCAAGGCAAUGUCCAUCAGCCUGCGGUCUCUAUCGCCAUCGGACCUGCACCACCAAUCCCAGAUCAUUGUGGACCGCGUGCUCGCGUCCCCGCUCUUCUUGCAUAGCAAGAACGUCAGUUGUUAUCUCAGCAUGCCCACCGGCGAAGUGGAAACUUCCGCUCUUGCAUCUGCAAUCCUGCGGGCAGGAAAAACCCUCUUUGUGCCCAAGAUUGACGUCGCCGCCAGCGGCAGAAUGGAUUUUCUCAAGGUCUACGGCGAGGAAGACCUGCGCACCUUUCCGGCUGGCGCAUGGGGGAUCAAGGAACCCGCGUACGAAUUCAACGGCCAACGGCGUUCAAGCGCUCUGGAAGAAGGGUCUGAACAGCUAGAUUUGGUUCUCGUCCCAGGCGUUGCAUUUGACCGAUCGUUAUCUCGCCUGGGUCAUGGAAAGGGGUACUACGACAGGUUCAUAUCAUCCUACUCAUCUUCCAAAUCUGCCGACGGCCUCAAGAAACCCCUACUUGUGGCGUUGGCAUUACGCGAGCAAAUCCUCGAGGCGGGACAAGUUCCGACCGCGCUGCAUGACUGCAAGAUGGACGUAAUAAUCGGCCCUGAAGAAGUCAUAGGCAGACUAGACCACCAAGACUGA